UUCCACAGGGACGUAUUUCGCUGCUGCACACCGUUUCCCCCGUUGGUUUGUUAGAAGUUCAGUAAAGCCAUUCGCUAUUGCUUAUAUUCAUUUUGAAGAGUUAGUUUGCAAGUGAAUUAAUUCCCUCUUGGUUGUAAGCAGUCUUUAGGUACGAGACAUGUCCCUGCAGCUGUGGUGUCUUUCCUUCCGGCAGCCGUACGCCGGUCUGGUUCUGAAUGGGGUGAAGACGUUGGAGAGUCGGUGGAGACCCCUGCUGACCCCCUUACAGAACCAAACUCUGGCCAUCCACAUCGCCUGGCAGGACUGGGAGGGGGAGGACUGGAAGUCGGUGCUGAGUGGUCCACUAGGGAUGAGCAGUACUCAGAUCCAGGCAUUGCAGGACUCUGGAGAACGGUUUGGACGAGGUGUGGUGGCAGGACUGGUGGAUGUAGGUGAGACCUGGCUUUGCACAGCUUCUCUGCAAGGGGAGGAGUUGCAUAGACUAGAGCAGGCAGCCCUUCUGAUUGGUCUACAGGACAAACACUUGACUCAUCUGACCAAUCCACGCUGGCUAACACAGCCUCUGAGGACUCGGGGAGGUCGUGAUCUUUGGACUGUAGAGAUUCCAGCUGAGUUUUUACCACAAGACAGGAUGCUGAGGUCAACAUCUCCAUGGUAACAGAUGCUGUAAACCUACUAAGCUCUUGAUCAGAUGAACUCAUGUAGAACCAGAACCUCUAGACUAAUCUGAGCUGGACUCUGGACAGUGAAUCGGUCUGUAAGUUCUGAUUCUUUUUGCAGCAGAAUACUAGAUUCUGGUUCUGUUCUGGUUGUGAGGAGUGUGUAGCUUUUACACCUCAUUUACACGAGUUCAACGGAUGCGGUCCAGAUUCCAUUCAGAACAUUCACACUAGCUGUGCUGACACCACAGAUCUGGAGCUCCAGAAAGCCUCUUGAUGGAGUUCAUAUUUCCAUACACCCCAUGCAGAUUUUAAUUUAGUAAAAUCACAUGAGCCAUACAGGAAGUGAGACAUGGUUCAGCGAGGUGAAUCCUUUACAUACUCAAGAGUAAAUGAGGCGUUUCAGAUGCUUCUGAUGGUCUUGGAGUCUGAGGAUCAUCAGGUACUCCUUGAAUGACAAACUCAAUGUUUUAGUCUUCAUAUCCACCUUAUUUUUCAUGAUUUUUUAAAACAGAUAAACAAUGAUGUAUUCAACAUCCGGUGACAUACUGGAACUACCGCAUACCUCUUGGUUUACAUGGUGAAGUUUGUUGCCAGUUUACUAUUUACCCCCAAACAAUGUACUUGCAUGGCUCGGGAAAAGGUCGCGCUGUUCGCAGUGGUCCAGUCAACCAGAGAUAAUUAAAUAUGUUUAUAUGGAGUAAGAGUGUGGCCGUCGGCGCAGCUUUCACCACCUCCUGAGAGAUAAGGAACCCAGAGGAAUGUGGCUGAAAAAGCGAACCCUAACCUGGAAACUACUCCACCUAUUUGUGUUUAUUUCAUUUUGUGGAUGUGCAAACCUCCAGAGAAGAGAAGCCAGGUAGUCUCACAACAACAGGUAUGCUUUCAUGUGUACAAUUUUAUAUAUAGUUUCAAUGCAAUGUUAGUUUAGACUGCCAUUGUUACCCUAAGAGUGCCAUCCUGCAGUCUGAUGUAGAAAUUAAAUUUAAAACCAAGGCUAGGGAUGAGGGGUCCAACCUGGCUCUACGUCCACUUUUAAAUAAGACUUGAGUCCCAACUAUUGUUUCUAUGGAGGAACUGAUACACCUCGCUUUUGCUAAAAUGCUACUGUAUGUUAGCUUUUGCCAGAUUUUUAUAUAGUUUGGCUAAAAUAAUAAAAGUUGUCAUAUUUAAAUGUUUAUUUCUGAAGUGUUUACAAGGACACACAGAUGAUGGUAAAACGUUGAAUGAUUCUUGGCUCGUUUGUUCGUUCUGUGUAAAUGAACACCGUUAGCAUGAAGCUGCAUCACUAACGCGUGAGUUUACUGCUGAAGUUACACAGUUCUAGAUCUAGAGGUGAAGGAAGAACCAAAUCAGCCUCGCCUGAUGCGUUUCCAACACCAGGAGUUCCGUCCGUUUUGAACGGGUCUACGUUUAGAUCUAUAGAAGUAGAUCUGCUGUAGGACACCAACACAUGCACAAGGAGAACAUUAGUUGGGAGUUGAACCAACAACCCUCCUCCAGACUGAGACUCAGCCCACCAGUUCCAGCAUCUUCCUCAGAGACCCCAACAGAACACAUAACCCAAAUGAUGUUUAGAACAACUUCUGAAGCCCAGUGGUUCUAAAAGGGAACCAAUCAGAACAGCAGAAUAUUUAUCUCUUAGCAAAAGCUCAGGUAACCUGAAUCUGGUCCAAACUGGUUUGAUCAUCUUUAGUUGUUUGGUGUAAAUGACCACAUUAAUAUUCUGUAAAGUAGUUCGUAAAGUUAUGAGCGACUGUUAUAUUGUUAGAGCGGAUGCUCUUACUUUGAAAGUCACAGAGCGACAAGGUGCCGUAAAGCAAGUGGCGUAAACUAUUUAGCCGAAGCGCGAGAUCUAAUGCACAGAGAAGGUGGUGCUUAAGAAAUAAAAUAAGAGAACUUGAUCGUUUUACAAAUGAAGAUAUUCUUAUUUACAAUUCUAAAUUAAAUGGGAAUAAUUCAUCGUUAAUUAACAUUAUUAUUAUUAUUAUGGGUAAAUACCACAUCCACAAAAGCAAAUGGAAAACUGCCAAACAUGAACUGUUUCACAAAUGAAUUCCAUAUGUUCUUAUCCACUUUGACUCGUAUAAAAAAUUCAAAUGCAACUGCAAAAGCCAUUUGUCAUGCUGCAGAAAAGUGUUUCAUCUUGUAACACUGUUUUUACUUUGUGAUAUAAGUGCCUCUUAUCUAAGUUUAUUUGUUUUUCUUUUAUUGUUAUUAAGGAUGCCUAGCCUAGUGAACUAGACCAAAUUCUUGCUUUGCAAAGUUUGGUCUAGGCAUGCUCCAUUGGAACCUCCGCAGCUCCUACCAGGACUCUGGCUAGCCAAUCACAGCUCUCUAGAGGGGUUUCAAACACAUAAAGAGCUGUGAUUGGUCCAUAAUGGUGGGCCAAUCACAGUGCUCUAUCUGCUUUGUGAACAAAUCACAGAGCUUUAUCCGCUUUGUGGGCCAAUCAGGGCCCUCUAUAUGCCUGGUGGGUGGGAUGAUGCAACAGAGUGAAACAAGAGUAUGUCACAUUCAUUGUCCAGUGGAAUGCGGAGAUCAUUUGAAAGACAACGGUAGAACCCGCCCCACAACCGAGAGCCGUCAAUGGAGCGUGGCCAGACUAAAUAAUACAUUUAUUUAGUCUGGCUUGCCAGGCUAAAGGAUGCCUUGCAUGUUUCCAUUAUGUGUUGUUGUCUCACGAGAAAUUGUAAUAAGCAUUUAAUGAUGAUAAAAAUAAAAAAAAGAGGUGUGCUCUGUGGUUAAUGGACGAGAAUGGGAAAAAGAACGGCUAUUAAGGUGCAAUACUGAGUUGAAAGCAGUUUCUUAGCACCUGGUUGAUGAGGGAACAAGGUUUGUCCUGUAGAUUUGCACUUUGUUGUUAUACGGAGCGUAUCGCUGCUGACCGCUGCUAAGCAUAAAGGCCGAGUUUUAGAGGGUGCUAACGUAUCUUGUCAUGUCUAGGCAGCGAUGCAACGAUUUCACUGUUAUAUGCAAUAAUUGACAAGUUUCAGUGUUAUUUGUUAUGAAAGGUAAAGAGAAUUAAUUUGUGAUUAAUAAAUAAGUCAAAAGGGUUAAAGGUAACGCACCGUUUUAUUCUGUAUGUUGUAGCUCUUACGGUGUGUUCACAUGCACGGCUAUUUAAUAAAAGGAUUGUGAACCAUCA